CAGUACCCGAAGAGCUCCUGGCCAGUGCCCAUGGCCCCCAUCACAACCACUCUCAGCACUGCCGAGCACGGCCUGCACCCCACCGACUCGUUCCUAGUGCAAGCCAGCGCUGCGAAAUCCCAAGGAAUGCAGAACACUAAGGAAGAGCGACUAGAGCAGCUCUCCAUGACGCUUCCUUCGCGUUCUCCCAACGACUACGUUGAGGACAAGGAAAAGCUCGAGAAGAUGGCUGCAGCCGUUACCACAUUGCUCGAAUGCAUCGGAGAAGAUCCACAGCGCGAGGGUCUUGUCAAGACGCCUAUGCGUAUGGCCAAGGCAUUAUUGUACAACACCAAGGGCUAUGGCCAGAGCCUCAGUGAUGUCUUGAACGAGGCUGUAUUCGAGGAAGACCACGACGAAAUGGUCAUUGUACGAGAUAUUGACCUGUACUCCAUGUGCGAGCACCACAUGGUGCCGUUCACGGGUAAAGUGCACAUCGGAUACAUCCCUAAUGGCAAAGUACUGGGCCUCAGUAAGCUGGCGAGAGUCAGCGAGGUCUUCUCGCGUCGUCUGCAGGUGCAGGAGCGUCUGACAAAGCAGAUCGCGAAUGCCAUUAUGGGCGUCAUUGAGCCCAAGGGCGUGGCUGUCGUCAUUGAGGCCACACACAUGUGUAUGGUCAUGCGUGGCGUGGAGAAAAGCGGAGCCAGUACCGUCACGAGCUCCGUACUUGGCGUGUUCAAGAGCGACCCACGCACCAGAAGCGAGUUCAUGUCGCUCAUCCACAGGAGAUAAAAACACAAGAUCGAAGACGAGUCGUGCUGCACCUUGAAUGUCGCAACGGCGUGUACUCGGCCGAGUCAAACCAAAGGAGUGACGAGAGAUUAGAAACUUUUUGCUUUUAUGAGGCCGAGAGGACUUAGAAAUACGCCCUUCCGACAGGCGCGCUUGUUAAUAAUGCUUUUUGUCUUUUUAAUGUGAGUGUUGAUCAUUGAA